AUGUGGACGCUGUUGUUGCUGCUGACGUCUUUUUUGGCGCUUCUGUCCGGCUGUCGAGCGUCUCGCUGCCGUUUACCAUGGACGGGUGCAUGGCUCGAGAACGGCUCGGAGCUCAACAUCACACACAACUCGAUCGGCAAUUUGGGCAAUUGUGUGCAUCGCUCGCAAGACCUCUACCUUCUCACCAGCGAAACGACGAAAGGCUCGUGUUACCGUUGCCUCAUCACGUUUCCCGUCCAUGAGAACGUGCUGCAUUACAAGACGACGCCCUGCAUUUUCGACCCGGCGUUCUCAUUGGAGAAGUGCGCGCAGUUGAUGCACGCCGACACCACAAUGCACACGUUGUUCAGGAAGGACGCCGCGCCGGUGCCGUGUCCAAUCGACGCGCCGUUGAACUUCACCUAUCAAUCAAGUCAUGGCGUGUGCAGCAGUCGAACGUCGCACAUCCAUCGCUGCUCACAAUACAACCUGUUGGCGCUUCAUUAUCAAGCGUGUCCGGAGAUACCGAAUCGAGAAGCGGCCGUGUGGCAAAUGGAGUGCAUCGGCUCGUGGCAAUCGUUUGGCCAAAACUAUUUUGCGGCUCGCGUUGGAUAUCGAGCCGGCGAGCAGUAUAGAUGCUUUCUGCUGGAAAAAUCUGGAACCGGUGGCCGAAUUGGCGAGUCGGCCGACGCCGGCUGCCAAGAGCUCACCCAUAUCGGUGCCGCGGCAACCACCAUCAGUUUCAAACAAGACUCGCCGAUCUACUCGAAUUGCGAGUUUCCGGUCUCGAUGCACAUCGAUCGCAAUCGCUUCUGGGAAUCGCUCGUCAACGGCAACCAUCAAAAGGUCCACAAAGGGACGUGGAUGUCAACGCAGAAGCUGAAAAACGAGACGGUGUGGAGUUGUCUGCACGAGACGCCGACGGGUCCCGAGACGAUCUCGUAUCGCACGUUCGUCACCAAUGGCUGCCGCGUCGGAUACCAAUGCGUUCGCGUCCAUUUGCGGCAAACCCACAUCGUUCACAUCGACUAUUCGACGGUGGUCGACGAGGAGCUCGAAUUGGACUGUAUUGAGUUCGACGUCGAGUCUCGCGACACGCUCGUCCUUCACGACGCCCAACAGGCGUGUCCGAUGGGCGGACGCCAUUUCUCCGACGGCUGCAAGAGCUCGCCGAUGCUCAGCGUCGGAUGCGAUUCGAAAUAUUCGAUGACGAUGUUGCGCGAUUGCCAAAUUGACGAUGGCGACGAAUUCAAAUGCAUCGCCAAUUUUCGUCACGAUGACAACGAUUUCAUAGUGGUACGCGAUGAAUUAUCGCGUCAGCUCUAUUGUAUGACGUACAUCUCAUCGCGAAUCAAUCUUCUCCGCAUGUACGACCGCGUUUCUUGCGAAGCGCUCUCGAUAAAUGGCGCUGUCCCUUUAAUCACUCUCAAUUUCACCGCUUCCGAUAGCUGCUCGCCGUCGCUUCUCUCCGGUUUUCUGUACUCGUCUUCAGUUUCUCAUCCGGUGCUUUUUGUCAUAUUCAUGAUACUCCAUCUAUUAACUAUUUAUUGA